AUGUGUUUUCAACCGUCUCUCAUCGAUUUACCAUAUGUUGUUAUAACAAAGCUGUUGGAAGUUGCGGAUUUUCGAUCAAUAUUAGUCCUCCAGAAGGUGACUUCCGGCCUUCGAAAUUUUAUAGAAGACAUCUGCCCCGAAACUCACCUCAAAAGUAUAUCCAUCACAUUAUCCUUUGAUUCCAUUUAUAUCUCAAUGGAUCCAUUUUUGGAUUGGAGUAUAGAUGUUGAGUAUCGAAGACAGGAAAACGGAUGUUCGGUUCAAUACGGAAUGAGCAAGGAGCACUUUCUGAUGAAUCAGGAUUAUUUGAAUAUACUUCUCAAUGAUUUCCAAGUGAACCUCAAAAAUCAAAAAGCAAUUUUAGAGUUGUUGCGAAUUAGUUUUGAAUUUUUUCUGGAAGGUUUUUUGUUAGGAAUCAAGGAAGUUUUGGAAUCCAGGGAAUCUCCACUGAAAGUUAGAGAAUUGGAGUUUGAGGUUAAGAAUCAAGAGGAAGUGAUGUCAGUGUUACCGUAUGUUGACUCAAAAUCUCUUCAUAAGAUCUCGAUUUCUUCACCAGACUACUUGAUAGAUCUGAAAAUGGAUCAAAUUAUGCAAUUGGAACAAUGGAGAGAAGUGAAAGAAUUGGAAAUGUUUAAUUGUGUUGUGUCGGAGCCAUUGACGAAUUUCAGUCACUUCCGGAGGGCCAAAAUGUGUGUUCAGUCGAUUUCAUCAGAAGAUUUGUUUAUGUUGAAAGAGGAAUUCUUGGCUUCUCCCAACUUUGAAAGCUCUACGAUCAAAUACAAACUGUUUGAAGAGAAUAUCUUUUUGACACAAUUGUUUGGAGACCCAGUUAUUCAAGGUCGAGACAGUUGGGCAUUCCCGUAUGAAGACUCUGAUCAAUCGAUUCAAUUGACCCAUUAUCGUAAUCAAACGUUUUGUUUUUCUCGUGUCAAAUCUUGUUUGAUAACUUGUUUUUAUGAUAAACUAGUUUGA